AGUCCGCCUGCCUCUCCCUCUCGCUCUCUCAGAUCCUACAGUCUGAAGACAGCGGCACUGAGUUCGCAUCUCCGAGCUGCUAAGCGGGCUUAUCUCCUGGGGACUUGCUCCUGAAACGAGGCGUUGGAUCUCAGUGGGUGGGGGGCGCUCCAGGUGGUAGAUUCCCAGUAGGCGAUUCUUGAAGAGAGCCCCCCAGCCUCUGCCCCCCGUGGACACAGCCCCCCUGCGGGGUGGAGCUGACACAAAGCGGAGGUCGACAUGGGAGCAGAAACGCGACAUGGUUGAGCGGAUUACCUGCUGCCAGCCGCCCCAGCCAGCUUUCGUGAGAGGGGGCUGCUCUUAGCUCAACGACACCACCGCGUCUUCCAGACUCAGGAACGGGAGGGGAGGGGUGGGGGCAAGGUGUUCCCCCAGCUUCGGCCAUGGGGAAGUCCAACAGCAAGCUGAAGCCAGAGGUGGUGGAGGAACUGACCAGCAAGACCUACUUUACGGAGAAGGAAGUGCAGCAGUGGUACAAGGGCUUCAUCAAGGACUGCCCCAGUGGCCAGCUGGAUGCCGCCGGCUUUCAGAAGAUCUACAAGCAGUUUUUCCCAUUUGGAGAUCCCACCAAGUUUGCCACCUUCGUAUUUAACGUUUUUGACGAGAACAAGGAUGGACGGAUCGAGUUUUCGGAGUUCAUCCAGGCACUAUCCAUCACUUCACGGGGCACCCUGGACGAGAAACUACGAUGUAAGACAGAGAAAUGGGCUUUCAAACUCUACGACCUUGACAAUGAUGGCUACAUAACACGAGAUGAGAUGUUGAACAUAGUGGACGCCAUUUACCAGAUGGUGGGUAACACUGUGGAGCUGCCGGAGGAGGAGAACACACCAGAGAAACGCGUGGACCGCAUCUUCGCCAUGAUGGACAAAAAUGCAGACGGUCUCCAAUACUGUCCCAUCCAGUGCCAUCAUGCUAAUGAAGAACCCACUGUCCUCCACCCUUCCCUGCUACAGAGGAGUAAGGUGGGGUGUAUUUUGGGAACCGCCAUGUUGAGCCUAAGCUGUCAAACACUCAUCUUCAUGUUCGCCAAAAAGUAAUUUAAAAAAGAACAACAUAAAAUAUGAAUGCAGCAUUUUUAAGAGAUGGGACAGCUGCACUGUGAUGUCCUGCGGACAAGUGGAACGGGAGAGAGAGAGAGAGAGAGAGAGAGAGAAAGACAACAUGCCGCCCAGGGGCAUGCUGGGAGCGCUGUCACCUGUUGUCAUGGCAACUACCCAGCCAAUUGAGAAGCAGACCGGAGCUGAUGGUUUUCUCAUGUUUCUUCAUUCAUGGAAGCUUGUUGACUUUCACGUUUCUAGCUGAAGAUCAGUGUUGUUUUCAAACAGUCUUUUCCUUUUUUUAUAUGUGUUGAUCACAGCUGCGUGGACUUCUAAGUCUGCAAGACCUCUUCCAGCUAUACUAUAAAUUGCUUGCCUCUCAUGAACAGUGGCAGUUCUGCUUGUCUGUCCGUCUUAGGUGAUAUGUAGCCUCUGUAUCUUAUUUUUCCUACAUUAUUUUUUCUUAUGGUCCCACCAGCAUAGUACCUCCUGCCAAGUAUUGGGGGUGGGGGCUGGGGGGUUGAGGUCUCCAUCCAUUUAAAGGGGUCCAGGGAGUUGUAUUACCUGGUUUCGAUUAUGCGCCCAUGCCUCUGCUGUGAUAUAGCCCCACCCACCUCUGAAUGCCCUGCACAGGGUACUUAGGUAGCCAUUAAGGCUAUCAUCACUUUUCCUGUUUCCUGUUUUUCUGUUGUUCUGACAGCCAACCCUGAAAUAAAAAGGAUCAUUCUAACAGAAGCCUGGGCAGGACCGCGGCUGCAUAGACUAAGCUGGCAAAACAAACCUUUUGUUAUGGAAAAACACGUCAGUCGUCUGGUAGUCUGGGGGAUUCACUGGCGCAAAAAUUCACUGUUUUGCUGUCCUUUCUAGACAUUGGAGAUUUUAGAUCUGCUGACAUAGAUUUGUUGUUAUAGAAACAGUGUCAUGCCUAUUUCUAUGGAAAAAAAACUUAAAAGCCACAACACCUGAUCUUUCACAUAAUUCAUACAGAUCACCGCACCUCCUCUUUUGUUAGUUUGUGUGUCAAGAGUCUUUUGAUGAAAUGCCAGUGCUGUGGGCAGGGGCGUCAGAAGCAUUUUGAAUGUGGGGGG